GUUGCGACUUCGGACGCAUCAUGAUGCAGCUGUAUUUGAAACUAUGUUCGUUGCACGUGACACGAUGAUCGAUCAUCAAGCUGCAGAAAUAACAUCGAACACCGUGUUUUGAGAUACGAUAGGCCAUUCAGCGUGAUCAUGUCAGCUACACACGAAACAACCACCACCACCACCACCGUCUUUGACAAGUCAAAAGCCUAUCUCCCAUGGGAGAUCAAUGGCAAAUUCACCGCUGAUGGCCGUGAAAUCGCCCUCCUCGACUACAUCUUCACACACUCCUCCCUACCCACGCUGCGCGGCAACCCUGCCGCAGUGCUCUCUGCAAUUGACUCCUUCGCCCGCACGCAAACAGGCCUGAUAAACAUCGGCGAGACUAAAGGCGCCAUCGUAACCUCUCUGAUCGCCCACCACCGGCCGUCCACGGUAGUGGAGCUAGGAGGCUACGUUGGGUACUCUGCAAUCCUCUUCGGUGACGCAAUGAGGCGCGCCGGGGGAAGCAUGUACUACAGCGUGGAGAAAACCCCGUUGUUCGCAGCUGUUGCGACCAUGUUGAUAGAUCUGGCUGGACUGCGAGAUCACGUACGAGUGCUCAUUGGUACAGGGGCCGAAGGCGUACAGCGACUUGCUGACGAGAAACUGAUAGAAGGUAGAAUUGGGAUGGCGUUUUUCGAUCAUCAUAAGCCGAGCUACACGGCAGACUUGAAACGUAUGGAGAGUCUAGGAAUGGUGGGCGCGGGUACGGUGUUGGUGGCGGAUAAUAUGAUAUUGCCAGGAAAUCCACGGUAUGUGGAGUGGGUACGGGCCUGUGUUGAUGAGAAGAAGAGGUUGCUGGGUAUAGAUCCAGGCAGUGAGUGGGAGGCAGAGAGGGGCUUUGGAAGAGCCGAUCUAGUAUACAGCAGUGAGUUCCUGAAGAGCUUUGAGCCCAGCGGGAUGGAAGAUGGAAUAGAGAUUACUACUUGUAAGGGGGUUGUGGCAUAGACGCACACCAUCUUCAAUCUUCCUGCUACAAGUAAUCAUGUGGGGAGCCUAUGAUAGAUAGAACGGUAAUCUCUAGGCACAAAUCAACAUUGUCGAUGGUCUGUAACCAGGUUUAUCCUCGAAGCUGAGUUGUCUGAUCCUG